AUGCAGAGCGUGCUGGAGCUGCGAGCCGAUGUGGAUGAGUAUGCUUUCCGGGCUGCGUGGGAGCAAGUUGUCCAGUCUGUAGCAGUCUUACGUACGCGGAUCGUGCAGCACAGCGAGCUUGGCUUACUGCAGGCGGUGGUGGUAGAAGACAUUCAGUGGAUAGAAACCGAAGGACUUGAAGCGUAUCUGGAGAAGGACAAGUCGGCUUCGAUGGGCCUAGGUGAUCUGCUGGCUCGCUAUGCUGUAGUCAAGGAAAAGCGGAGAGGACAAGAGGAGGGAGGAGCAGCAGCAGGGAAGCGAUGGUUCGUGUGGACGGUCCACCACGCGCUGUACGACGGCUGGUCGCUACCGCGCAUCAUGGACGCGGUGGAGAAGGCGUAUGACGGGGCUGAUAUGCAGAAGCAGCCUGGCUUCCGCGCCUUCAUCAAGCACCUCAGCCGCCAGGACCCCGACGAGGCGGCCGCGUACUGGCAGAACGCUUUAGCGGACUGCGAAGCGACGCCGUUCCCUGCGCUGCCGACGACGGUGCAGCAGCCGGCUGCCGAUGCGACGGUGCACUACCAGUGUCCUCCGUUGCCCAAGAUGGCGUCCGACACGACGACGUCGACGCUUGUGCGGGCUGCAUGGGCGAUCCUCGCCAGCCGGUACACCAGCUUGGACGACGUAGUGUUUGGCGCAGUGGUGACGGGACGCAACGCGGCUGUGGCGGGCAUCGAGGCGAUGCUUGGACCCACCAUUGCAACUGUGCCGGUGCGGGUGCGCAUAGAGAGAGGUCAGACCGUCAUGGCUUUCCUGGAAAGCGUGCAGCGGCAGGCGACAGAGAUGAUACCGCACGAGCAGACAGGCCUGCAGCGGAUCGCCAGGAUGGGGGCGGAUGCUCGGCACGCCUGCGGCUUCCAGACGCUACUGGUAGUGCAGCCAGCCGAGGAUGGCCUCGCUGGCGACAGCGUGCUGGGAGCGUGGCGCGGCAAUUCGGAGCUGCAAGGCUUCACGACGUAUGCGCUGAUGGUGCAGUGCACGCUGGCUGCCGAAGAGGUGCGCAUCACGGCCAGCUUCGACGAGCGCGUCAUCGAGCGCUGGCUGGUCGGGAAGAUGCUGGGCCAGCUUAGCUUCGUCAUACAACAGCUGGCUGCAGCACAGCAUGAGAUAACAAUGGUCAGCAGUAUCGACACGCUCACGUCCGAGGACAAGCAGCAGCUGUGGGCGUGGAACGGCAAUGUGCCGGUGGCGGUCGAGCGGUGCAUCCACGACCUAGUCGCCGAGCAA